AUGGCUUCCGGGCCAACGAAAACUGGCUUUACCACCUUGUCCCCGUACGAAGAAAAGAUUGGGUACUACCGCGCCAUCCGCCAUGGCAAUCAGAUCUUCGUUUCCGGAACUACAGCGGUUGAUCCCCGUUCUCCCACCAAUGCACCGCAAAUUCUCCACCCAGAAGAUGCCAAACAACAGACACGCGUUGCUCUGGAGGAGUGUAUUCGAGCUAUCCAAGGUCUUGGUGGUAAAGGCCCGGAGGAUAUAGUUCGUGUUAAGAUGUUUGUCAGUCGUCACGAGGACUGUGAGGCUGUGGGACAAGGAUUUAGUGAGAUACUAGGGAAGCAUAAUCGCGGUAGAGAUGGUAUGAUAGGAGCGGCUGCAACAAUGAUCGUGGUCAAUGGCGGUUUUAUAGAUAAGGGAAUGCUUGUUGAGAUCGAAAUAGAUGCUAUUGUGGAGCAGACUUAA